AUGUCGAUCUCCCCCGGCUACCAACUGCAAGGCACCCUCAAAUUCACCCCCCAUUCCCCCCAGAACCCUUCCUGCUGGUCUCUCUCGCGCAAGAUCCCCAUCGCCCUGGUAGCUCUAUUCACCGUCAUGAACAGCGGACUGAGUGCCUCUCUCCCCAGCAAUGCCAUCCCCUAUCUGCGUCCCGAAUUCCACCUAUCCGACGGUCCACAGACCAGUCUACCGACCUCCCUCUUUCUGGUCGGAUACACGGUGGGCCCGCUGGUCUUCAGUCCGCUCAGCGAGACCGUCGGUCGUCGACUCGUUCUGCUGUCUACAUUUGGGGUCUUUGUGCUGUCCACGCUGGGAUGUGCCCUGGCGCCCAACUGGCCGGUGCUUUUGGUCUUUCGCUUCCUCUGUGGGAGUAUGGGAUCGGCGCCACAGACCGUCGUGGGAGGCAUCUAUGCGGAUCUUUUCGAGGAGAGGAGAUCGAGAGGAAGGGCGAUGUUGUUGUACAUGUCGGCUAGCAGUUUCGGUCCCAUCCUGGGCCCUAUUAUAUCCGGCUUCGCCUCUCCGCAUAACUGGCGCUGGACAUUUUGGAUCGAGUUGAUCUUUGCAGGUUGUACCUUUGUGGGUUUGGUUUUUGUCCCUGAAACAUUCGCUCCGGUCCUCCUCAAACGCGAAGCUACUCGUCUGCGCAGUCAAGGCCUAGAUGUCUCUCUGGCGCAGGAGAAGAUGGACAUGGUCCGUAUCCUGCAGCGUCCUCUAGCCAUGCUGGUCUUGGAACCGAUUAUUUCCUGCACGGCGUUGUUUAUCGCGUUGGCGUAUUCGUUUGUGUUUUUUUAUUUGCAGGCAUAUCCGAUUAUUUUUGGGGGGGUGUAUCAUUUGAGUAUUCAGACGACUUCGUUGGCUUUUUUACCUGUUGGGAUCGGAGCUUCCAGCACCGCAUUCUCUGCCCUCGCCUACGACACCUACUACGAACGAGCCAAAAAAGCCGGUCAACAAUGGACAAACAGCCCAGAACUGCACCGACUGCCCAUCUCCUGCAUCGGCGGCAUUGGACUGACCGUCUCAUUAUUAUGGCUGGCGUGGUCCUCUCGACCGUCCAUUCCCUGGGCCUUACCGAUGUCAUCGGGGCUGCUCUUCGGCUUCGCAUACCAAACCAUUUUCAUCUCGCUGCUGACCUACGUGACAGACGCGUACACGAUCUACUCGGCCAGUGCGCUGGCCAGCUCGGUCAUCCUGCGCAGUCUGCUCGGGGCGGUGUUUCCCCUCGCGGUGCGGCCGAUGUAUAAUGCUUGGGGAGUGGCGUGGGCAACGAGUUUCGUGGGACUAUUGAGUCUGUUGUGUGUGCCGAUUCCGUUUGGGUUGAUUGCGUUUGGGAAGAGGAUUCGAGAGAGGAGUCGGUAUCGAUGUGUAUAA